GAUGCUGCUGCAGAGAAGCCCGAGCGGCUGCAGCGGUGGAGGCUGACUGAGAGAUCCGACCAACCCUUCGGUCCACGUCGACGCUCAGCCCCGGCUCACAGCUCCCUGAACCCGGUGUGUGGGGGGGGGAUAAAGCAGGUCUGACACCGGAGGGAGCCGGGACCGACAGACACGCACAGAUAUUAGUGUCAGUUGUGUUCUACUGGAGGAUGUACUGUUCACGGUGCCUGACCACAUAGAGGAGCCGGACCGGAGUGGAUACUGUUCAAACCGCUUCCAUUCCGUCGGAAACAGGAGGACACAGGCGGAUCCGGAUCUCCAAAGCCAUCAUCCACAUCCAGGAGGACAAACCCAAACUAAAACCCAGGACCACUUUUGUUUGGUUUUGUUUUUUCUACAUUUCCGUGCAGCUUUAAUGAAGAAGCGGACCUGCUAACAUUCUUACAGAAGGGACCUCUUCAACAAGUAUGGGGUCACCAUGGAAACCAUUUCUCCUCCUGUCUGUCAUCAGUGGCCUUUCAGACUUUGCCAGAGCUGUCGCAGCGCGGCCUAUAUCCUACGCUGCAGUAUUACGAAUGAAAUCCGACAGCUCUUCGUCACUGCUCAACUCGCGCAGCAGACCUCGACAACCGCACGGUGGACUGGCGACUCCUGACUGGCCUGGUUUUUCCAGUCACCCCCUGUCAGCCCUGAGCCUGCUCAGCUCUCAGGAGGACUACAGGAGCGAAGAGAGUGAAGAAUUUGGGCCGGUUUUUAUCCAGGAGCCAGACGAUGUUAUUUUUUCGUUGGAUUCUGAUGAAAAGAAAGUGGUGAUGCACUGCGAAGCACGAGGGAAUCCACCGCCCACGUACAGUUGGUACAUCAAUGGAACAGAAGUAGACGCCGAUGCAGAUUACCGCUUCAGUUUCAUAGACGGGAACUUAAUUAUUACCAACGCGAGUGAGAUCACCGACUAUGGGAAGUACCAGUGUAAAGCGGACAACAGCUUCGGGACGGUCCUGAGUCGGGAGGGAUUUUUACAGUUUGCGUAUCUGGGCGCUUUCAGCACAAAGACCAGAGGUGGUGUUUCGGUGCGUGAAGGUCAAGGUGUGGUUCUGAUGUGCACCCCCCCUCCUCAUUCACCAGAGAUCAUCUACAGCUGGGUUUUUAAUGAGUUUCCCUCGUUCGUCGCUGAGGACAGUCGUCGUUUCAUCUCCCAGGAUACGGGAAACCUGUACAUCUCCAAGGUUCAACCCUCAGAUGUAGGAAGUUACAUCUGUCUGGUGAAGAACACGGUGACGAACGCAAGAGUUCUGAGUCCGCCGACGCCUCUGACGCUGAAAACUGACGGUGUCAUGGGUGAAUAUGAGCCCAAAAUUGAAGUGCAUUUCCCCACAUCUGUUCUCGCAGCCAGAGGAGUCACUGUCAGACUGGAGUGCUUCGCUCUGGGGAAUCCGGUCCCGACAAUCACAUGGAGGAAGAUCAACGGCAACAUCCCGAAAAAGGCCAGACUGAGGAAGUCCCAGGCCAUCCUGGAGAUUCCCAACAUCCAACUGGAGGACUCAGGAACCUAUGAAUGCAAAGCAGAGAAUCCCAGAGGAGGAACCGCCUUCAAAGGACACCUCCAGGUUUACACCCUCCCUCAGUGGGUCAGAAUGAUUAAUGAUACUCAGAUGGAUAGUGGAGAGAAACUCCAGUGGGAGUGCAAGGCCAUGGGGAGGCCCCGGCCCACCUAUCGCUGGCUCCGUAAUGGGCUGCCCUUGACAUCCCAGGGUCGGAUGGAGAUACUGAACGGAGAGCUGACCAUUCAGAGAGUCCAGCAGACGGAUUCUGGAAUGUACCAGUGUGUGGCGGAAAAUAAAUACGGAGCUGUCUACUCCAACGCCGAACUCAAGAUAUUAGCAUCGGCUCCGGUUUUUAUUCCCAAUCCCAUUCGAGUCAUCGCCACGUUGGGGAAGGACGUGUCUCUGGAAUGUAAACCCCGGGCGUCACCCAAACCCCGGAUCACAUGGAAGAGAGGAGACCGCAGGAUCCAGCCCAGUAAAAGGAUUAUGUUGUUACGGAACAACACUCUGAGGAUUGUAAACUCCAGUCGAGCGGAUGAGGGGAGCUACGUCUGCCGGGCCGAGAACCAGUUGGGCUCGGCGGAGAUGACUGCCAUACUGUGGGUAAAAGAGGCCAUGCGUGUGGAGCUCAGCCCGAUCCGGGUGGAGGUGACGGUGGGCGAGAGCGUGGUGCUGAGCUGCAAGGCCAGCCAUGACACCUCCCUGGACGUGGCCUUCCAGUGGUUCUUCAACCAGAAACCCAUCAACUUCCAGGAGGACGGAGGCCACUUCGAAUACAUCCAGACUGUACGAGCCAAACAGUCGUCUACAGUGGAUCUGAUGAUUAGGAGCAUUCUGCUGAGGCAUGCUGGGAAAUAUGGGUGUCGAGCGCAGACCAGCGCUGACACUGUGUUUGCAGAAGCCGAGCUCCUCGUCCGAGGACCUCCUGGACCCCCUGGAGUGGUCAUCGUGGAGGAGAUCACAGAUACAACCGCCACCCUGUCCUGGACUCGAGGCCUGGACAACCACAGCCCCAUCAGCACCUAUAAUUUACAGGCGCGCAGCCCGUUUUCAUUAGGCUGGCAAACCGUCAAAACAGACCCCGACCCCGUCACAGGGGACAUGGAGUCGGCCAUGGCGGUGGAACUCAACCCGUGGGUGGAAUAUGAGUUCAGAGUGGUGGCCAGCAACGCCAUCGGGACCGGAGACCCCAGUGCACCUUCCAGAGGGGUUAGGACCAAAGAAGCAGUUCCGUCCGUGGCACCGACCAAUGUGAGCGGAGGGAACGGCCGCAGGCACGAACUGGUCAUCUCCUGGGAGCCUGUUUCUGAGGAGUUCCAGAAUGGCGAAGGUUUUGGGUAUAUCGUUGCGUUUCGCGCCAACGGAACCCGAGGCUGGAAAGAGAAGAUGGUGACGUCGGCCGACUCUACAACGUACAAGUACAGAGACGAGACCUUCCCUCCCCUGACCCCCUUCGAAGUUAAAGUCGGCGUCUAUAACAACAAGGGAGACGGGCCAUUCAGUAAAGUCGUCGUCAUCCACUCGGCUGAAGGCGAACCGAGGGAACCACCGUCUGAUGUGAAAGCGUACAGUAUUUCCUCUUCAGAAAUAAGGGUCAUUUGGAAACCGCCCAAUCCUGGUCCUGGAAAACCAAGAGGAUAUGAGGUCAGCUACUGGAAAGACAUGGAGCAGGAAGAGUCUGGAACCAAACAAAGAACUCAGAAAAACGAAACAUCCAUGGUGCUGACAGGACUAGAGAGUAACAGUGUGUACCACGUCACAGUAAAAGGCUUCAACAGCAUCGGCCAGGGUCCUGCCAGCGCCGCCGUCACUGCACGGACCAGGAAAGCCCCUCCCACUCAGCCUCCCACCAACCUCAUGUGGAUUCAAGAGGGCAACAACGUGUCUUUAAGCUGGAAUCCGGUGAAGGCGAAAGAAAAUGAAUCGGAUGUCAUCGGGUACAUGGUGUUGCUCAGACAGGAGGGCAGAGGACACAACCAGGUGACCAGAACCAUUAACCCGUCCACCAUGCUGUCGCUGCCGGAGGGAGGCACCUAUAUCAUCGAGGUUCGAGCGCUCAGCGAAGGGGGAGAGGGCGCGGUCAGCUCCCAGGUUCGAGUGGUCACCUCCUCUGGCGUUCGAGCAAAAAGCAACCAGAGCUCAGUGCACGGCGUGGAGCAGGGCCUGACGUGGACUGCGCUGCUCCUGGUUCUUCUGGUGCCUUCAGCUUCCUGGUGAGGCCACUGUGCCAUCCUCAUUUUCAUGGAGGGGAGCCCAGCGUCUCCCCGUCUCCCUCUGACUGCCUGCUUGCUUUGGCCUUAACCAUCCCGUCGGGCCCGAGGCCUGCCGAAGGGGUUCGAGUCUGCCGGUUUACAGCGACUCCUCACUCUCCGUCCUCUUUAGUUCCUCCUUCUGAAGCUCCCGGACGUUUGAUUUUGCACAUUUCUUUCCGACAUCGCGGUAGUGUUGUACUGUAGUGUACAUUGUGUGGAAAGAUUUGUUUCAUCAUUUCCUUUAACAUCAUGUGUUCCCUUCUCAUUGACUGGCAUCUAACCACUUCCAGACGGCUCCUCCAGCUCCGGGGCUCUGCAGAGCGUGAACAAUUCCUCGAAAGCCGCUGUGGUAGUAAUACAGGGAUCAGCCGGCCUGUUUCUUUUCAUUACUUAUCUGCAUCAAUUUACCCCUUGGCUGCCUAACAAGCAAUGCAGCAGAAGCUCAGUAGAGAUAAGUGCAUUGUUUUCUUAUUCACACAUUGAGGAGAAAAAAAAAACAAAAAAAAAAAAGUUUUUUUAUGGAACCAAGAAUCUUAAUAUUUCCAGACUUGGUUUUUGUACAUUGUGUUACCUUUAGAGACAAAACAGUGGUGUGUGUCAGCUUUGUCAAACUCUCUGUUUUUGGUAGCGGUAAAAGCAAUGCUUGGUGGUGAGUUUGUGGACUGUUGGAUGUAUGGACGUAGGAAACAGGUAUUGGUUUACCUGUAGUGCCCAAAUACAUCAUUAGACAAAGACAACUCUGUACGGACUCUUGGUGUCAGUACAAAUAAAUGUGAUGUAUAUUUUUUAAA